AUGGCUACGGCAUUCACGAGCAGCAGGAGAGCCUCAAACAACGUUCCGAGUGUGAACACCAUCGCGGUAACUGUUCCUCUCUAUUUAUGCGAAAUAUCAUUAUACCGAGAAAUAUUGAAAAAGCGGGAACUACGAAGGAAUUUGUGUGUGAUGGAGGCUGUUAUGGAACAGGAGGCGAAGAGCGAGCGAGAGGAAAGAGCAGACAAUGGUUCAGGCGGCGGGAGAGAAGGCUCCGAGGAGGAAGAGACGAGUAAGGCGGACAGCCGUCGGGUGGAGCAGCUGUCUCGGUUCCUCAGACAUCAACAGGAGGUUGUGUACAAGACGCAGAACAUCUCCAAAUACUUUGAGUCUCCCGUGCGAGAGGUUGCCGCAAAGAUCUGGGAGCAGAUUCACCCAAAUAUUUCCUCUGCUAUUGAGGGUAAGUACACUCGAGUACUGGAGGAGUGGAAUGUGACCUCCAAACUGGCAGAGCUGGACAGACUGCAGCGGGAGAGUCCAAGGACCGUUCCGGCAUGGAGACCGACGGGGAUUCCCCAGGAGGACAGCAUGGCGGCAGAGUUGGCUGAGGCCAGUCACACACUGCCUGAGUUCCAGACCAGACUGACACAAGCACAGGAGAAGUCUAGAGAGCUGCAGCAGAUAUUGGAGGAGAAGGAGGCAGAGUUGGUGCAGCUGGACCAAGAGAUAGCCACUAGCAUUUCCUCCCUCAAACACGUCUGCUCCUCUUUCCCUCGCACUUCCUUGUCUUGAGGCAGAAACUUCCAGCCCUGCUAGUAUAAGGGCCUGCACAUUUUCUGGAUGUCCAAUUAAGAAAUGCGACUAUCUUUGAUUGACACAAGAGGAUGAUGUUCAACUUGUAUUUUUAGUGUCAAUGUUAUAUUUAAAUAAGUGUGGAUGUUGUGAAGUACAAAACUAAAAUAUCAUCUAAUGCACAAUAUUGCUGGGACACACAGGAUGCAAGCUCAGAAUCAACUCGUCAAAUACAGUGUUUAUAAUUAUUAUUAUUAUUAUUAUGUAUAUAGCAUGAGAUGAAAGCUGAGCUUCUUGGGUGCAAAUAUGAACACACAUUGAGAGAGUGAGCGAGCAAGAGAGUACGGAGAGAGAGAACGGAGAAUGAAAUAGCGUUAUUCCAGAGAGUGUGGGACAAAUAAUUGGAGAGGAUCAAGAGGGCGAGUGAGAGUCAGGAGCAACAGUAGAUAUAUUCACAGCUUUGGAACAGAUCUGUGGCAAUGGAGGACAGAGAGAGAUAGAGACACAGGGACAGUGAAAUAGCUCCAGUCUAGUGCUUACUGCGUGUAUCCAGCAAACAGCCAAAUUUGCACUUACUACGAAACCGUGAUUUUUCUCUCCAGAAGAGUUUCCGGCUAUAUAUCUACAUACUGCAGGUAUCUGGCUGCCAUGGCAACUCACAUAGUCACAUGAUCUCAUUUAGGCAGGGGGUGUGGUCAGUGCUCGUCAUCCUCUGAGGGGGUGGGGCUUUCAGCUUCGCUUUUCCAAAUCUCAUAAUUUGAAGAUAGUUGUUCCAACAGUUCCGGAACACUGCAGUAGUCUAGAGAGAGGGGAGAGAGGGAGAAUGUAUCAGAAAUUUGGGCAACUUAGAUAUAAUUUAUUGGAGGAUCACAAAAUUGUUUUGGCAACAGACACUAACAUAAUUAUGGUAUGAACAAAACUCAUUAAGUAUGGUUCAAUGAACAUAUUAUACAUGUAGGCAGUUAUGCACUAAAACUUACUGUCCCACGCCUCAAAUAGACCGGUGAUGAAGAAAUCGAUGAAUUUAGUCUGAGAACGAAGACAGAGAGGGAACUAAUUAAUGACUAGAGUAAAGGAGAGAUUGUAAUAGGAACCUGUGUGUUGG